UUGUUGUUGCUCAUUAGAUUGGCACCUUAUCCUUACAAUAUUCUUAAUACUUUAUUAUCAGCAACUCAUAUUUCAUUAAGAGUGUAUGCUAUCGCGACAGCAAUUUCACUAUUCAAACUUGUAAUUCAUGUAUGGAUCGGAAGCAAAAUAUCAUCUUUUACUGAACACUUAAAAGGAAACUCAGACAGCAGCAAUUUCAAUGAAAUACAUUUAGACCCCAUGAGGAUAAUACCAGUUAUGAUCGGUGUAUCAAUUGGCCUUGGUGUAAUUAUUUAUGUUUGGAUAUUAGCAAGACGUUCGAUUAAAGAGGUCGAAGAAAACAUUUCGAAUGAAAUGCUUGAAGAAGGAUGUGGCAACGAGAUGAAACAGUUCAUUCCGAGGCGGCCUUCUGACUCUGAUCGCGAAGGUACAGAUGAUGAAUAUGAAUACACCGUUGAAGACUUACCCAAUGAAUCUAUUACAACCCUUCCGGUGGAAGAAAUCAUUUCGCUCGAGAGCAAUGCAAACCAUCAAGCUGGAAUACUUGCUCAAAAUCUACUAGAGCCAGCAUUUGAUAUACAACGACGUAGCAGCCAUUCCACAUCGCUUAGUGAUGCCUCAUAUCGACUGAUUGAGCAUAAAGAAGACCAAAACACGUUGCAAUUAAACUUUCCAUACACUCAUCCUUUAAUCGUUGAUCGAAGUGCCGUAUUCUCCCGGAAACAGACACCAACCGUCCCCAAUUUAGAUCAAAAAGUGCAGUCAACUUCCGGGAGAAUACGUAAACAGGGACCUAGUUCGGGGACAGACUUGAAUCACAUGGUUCUUCGGUUUGAACUCAAUAAUCUAAUGAUUUGGUUGCUCGUUCGCAAAUUAAAGUCAUCCCGUUUAUUACGUAAUUUAAGCGGAGGGGGAGGUUCACGUCAGGGACCUGCAAAAAUUUUAAAAAUAAAUCGAAAUUUUCAGUGA